UCCUCUUCGCUAUACCCGCCGCCUCCCUUCCUCCGUACUCCUGUAUUCGUUUAAAUAAGAGCUUCCCAACUCUGAACUCUCCAACUCUCCUCCUCUCCUCCUCUCCUCCUCUCCUCCUCUCUCUCCUGCAACCCAAUUGGGUCCGUCGAAGAACUCGCCGAUCCGCUCCAUCAGAGUUGAUGUUUGGUGGUUCCAUGUCAACACCCGCUCAUCAAGGGAUAAGCCAAAAGGAGAAGAAUAUGGAUUGGGAGGAAUCAUUACAUAUUUAUGAAAAGGUUAUAGCUUGCGAGAGUGAAGCUCUGAAAAUCAAAGCUACACUCAGGGUUGGACGUCUCUCAAAUUUGGCACCAGAUUAUGUACUGGCACGCACUGUACCGAUCCUUGUAGAGCUUCUUCGUAGUCCUUUGAACAGUUCAAGUCCAUCAAUUCAGGAAGCUGCAGCUUAUUGCUUGAGCCGCAUUGCUCGUAAAGGUGAUGGUUCAUUGACUACAAUCAUUGGGCAAUCUGGUGUUUUGCCUUGCCUCUUGAGGUUAUUGUCAGAGUCACAAGGUAGAUUUAGGAGAGUUUUGAUCAAAUGUCUUUGGGCAAUUGUUAUUUGUAGUAGUCCCUGUCGUGCAAUUGUAGUUAGAAAUGGUGGAUUGGAAAUUGUUCUCAACCUGUUGGCUUCAUCUAUGGAUGAUACAAGGCGGUAUUUGUUGGAGACUCUGAGUUCACUAUCAUUAUUGAGAGAAGUGAGGAGGGUUAUUAUAAGCUUUGGUGGCUUACCUUUGCUUGUUGAAGCUGCUAGGUCUACCAAUAUGGUCUCUAGAGCCAGAGCUGCUCAGGCAAUCGGGUUGCUCGGAGUGACAAGAAGAGUAAGGCAGAUGCUUGUUGAUUUGGGUGUGAUACCGGUACUUAUUGAGUUGCUACAAGAGGGGGAUACCUCAACUAAGCUCGUAGCUGGUAAUGCUCUCGGUAUAAUAGCAUCCCACAUUGAUUAUAUUCUGCCAGUUGCUCAAGCAGGGGCUAUUCCAUUGUUUGCUGAGCUUCUACAAGGUUCCGAGCAUCUUGGCAGAGAAAUUGCAGAGGAUAUGUUUUGUGUUUUAGCAGUUGCAGAAAGCAAUGCAAUAUCAAUUUCACAACACCUGGUGAGGAUUCUUCAAGGAGAUGAUGAUGAAUCAAAGGCUGCAGCUGCUGAUGUUCUGUGGGAUCUUUCUGGUUACAAGCACUCGGUAUCUAUUGUCCGGAACUCUGGCGCAAUUCCUAUUCUGGUUGAGCUUUUGCAACAUGGGAGUGACGAUGUCAGAGAGAAGGUUUCAGGGGCUGUUGCCCAGUUGAGUUAUGACGAGGGAGAUAGAGUAGCUCUCGCUGAUGCAGGGGUCAUUCCACUCCUCAUCAACCUGUUGCAGGAUGAAUCAGAGGAGCUGAAGGAUAAUGCAGCAGAGGCUCUAAUCAAUUUCUCAGAAGAUCCAUUACAGCGUGAGAGGAUAUCAGAAAUAUUCGAUAUGCCUUCAUUCCAGAAUAUGCAAAAUAGAUUAGUACAGAUCCGUGCAUCUGAUGAGCACACAGUUCGAUCUUUGAGACACAUGAGCAUUGAGCAGUUCACAUGGGACCCGGUACUUGGAUGAAUUUUUCCAUGAAUCAUUCGAUCUCGGCCACUUUUAUCCGAUUCGAACCAGAAUCAGUCAGGAAUCAGCCUGCAGCAAUUCCAGACCGAUCCCGUAAACUGAAACCUUGGAUGGGAUUCAGCUACUCGUGUCAGUACAAGGUAGGAUACAAUGUUGAUUGAAUUUCUUUGCCACAGUAGGGGGCUCAAUGGCAGCUUGAGUCUCCAUUGCCAUAACAGAAAGCUUCCACAUAUUCAACCACAGGUUACCAGCCUAGUAUCAGAACUUUUUUUCAGACUAUUGUGGUGUUAAAACAUUCAGCCUCAAUGUUGUGUUCUUUUGAAACUGAAAAUUAUUUUGGUAGAUGUUAGUAAGCUUAUUAGCUUACUAACAUAAGAGAGGUUGUGAGGAAAGACAUGUACAAAUUAGGCCAAGUCCCGAGUAUGGCCUCGAAUAGAGUGGAAUGGAGGGCUAAGAUCUAGGUGGCGGACCCACUAUAGCUGUGUUAUACUUCGUUAAUGUUUUUUAGUAAUUUGUUUCCUUUUUUUA